GUGUUACCUUCUAGGAUAUCGAUUACACCAGAAACCUUAUUAAUCACUGAAAAAGAAAUUUUAAACUGUCUAAAGUAUCAAUACUAACUGAGAAGUCUGUCAAGUAAAUUAACACGUACAACUUAUGCAUAAUAUGUCAGAAAAUCCACAAUUAACCUCCAGUUUAUAAAUAUUCAUGAUCAAAAGCAGCGUCGAGUGUUGCUGUCACAUGACAAAUCAAUAAACAUUGGGCAGACGACUUUAUGAUCUAAUAUGAAUGGGUGUUUGUCUAUCUAUUUCUUAAAAUACGUAAAAUAGCCAAUCAUAUUCAAGCCAGUAAGGUCACCCUUUAUUAGGUCAUUGUUUCAUCAUUAGUGGACAAAAACCUAAGUAUUCCAUGUUAAAACGAUGAGAAUUGGUGUGGUGGGUUCAGGAAUUGUUGGCCUUUCUACGGCUUUAGCAAUAAAACAAAACUAUCCAAAUUCAGAGAUUAUUAUACAGGCUUAUAAAAAAGGUGAAGAGGUUACAAGUUAUGGAGCGGCUGGAAUAUUUAGACCAGACCCUAAAUUAUUACCCGUGAUUGAUUCGGAUACAGAAGAAAGAUUGAAAAUUGAAUGUUCAUUCAACCGCUGGUGUAAUAUUAGUCGUGAACAUUAUUGGAAGUUGGCUGCCAGUUCAAAAUCAGCAGAAUCUGGUGUCUACUUUCAUCCAACAUACCAACUAUUUGUUGAUUAUCAUAAAAAUGAAAUCCCUUUUGUCGGUAAAUUAUGUGGAAAAACAGUAUACUUGGAUGAAGAAGAGAUUCAUUCACUUGGAUUCAGUAAUUCCAUUAAGUCGGGUUAUUUCUAUAUAACAUGUAUUGUGGAACCACGUUAUCAUAUGACGUAUUUAUUGAAUGAACUAGAAAGCUUAAUGAAAACCAAUUAUCCAAUUUAUUCUUCUAAAACCGAUCAAUUCAAUUCACUGAAUGAGUUGUACACUUGGUCUAAAACUGAAAAAUUGGACAUAAUUGUGAAUUGUACCGGUUUAGGAUCAGGUUUACUUUUCAGCGAUUCGAAAAUACAACCGGUUAAAGGUCAAUUAGUGCGUGUUUAUGCACCUUGGAUGAAAUUCGGAUUUUAUUUCGGACAUGACGAUACAUACUGCUAUUCAGGCAAAGAAAGUGUAAUACUUGGUGGAUUUCGAGAAUCUUUACCCCCAGUUGUGAAAAGACCAAUAACACGAGAAGAUACUAUUGUGUCACGUGAAUCAACUGAAAGAAUUCUUCAAAAAGUCGAUAAUGUAUGGCAUGGUGGUUUAGGUAAAUCACCAAUAGUUGAAGAAUGGGUAGGAUUACGACCAUUUCGUCCAUCAAUACGAUUAGAAAUUGAGUGGUGUCGACCGGAAGAUAUACAUCAACCCUUGCCAAUUAUUCAUAAUUAUGGACAUGGUUCAAUGGGAGUUGCACUAAGCUGGGGUACUGCAAUGGAUGCUGUGAAACUGGUUGAAGAAGCUCACAAGUCUAGUCUUAACUCCUGUUGUUGA